AUGUCUACUCCAGCCUAUUAUCCUAAAGUUAAGGAGAGGUACUUCUAUAUGAGACCUCUCAUCUGGGAUCCAUGGUUCAUGCCUGAGAGGGAAACAUCAAUUGCAGUGGCUUGGAUCAGCUUCCUAGAACUCCCUCCAAAUUUCUUUGCAAGAAAAGCAGUGUUUUCAAUGACAUCUACAAUUGGAAAACCUUUAUCAGUGGAUCUAGCAACAACAAACAGAACAAGACCAAGUUGUGUAAAGGUGAAAGUGCAACUUGACUUACUAUCAAAGCAUCGUACUAGAAUCAAUGUAGCAGAAGUCAAUGAAGAAACUGGUCAAAGCAAGUCUAAAUGGAUCAAGCUUAACUAUGAUUAUUUACCCAAGUACUGCAAACACUGUAAACUACAAGGACAUGGAGAGGAAGAAUGUAGAAGUCUUCAUCCAGAGUUACAGAGGCAAUUUAGAGAGGAGACGAAGAAGAAUGAGACCAUAGAGGUAGAAGCACAACAAAAAAAGGAAAACAAUAGAGGAGGAUGGAACUAUAAAGGGAAGAAGGAAUGGAUGAAAAGUAGGCAUAACAAGUAUGUAAGGGAUAAAUCUAGGAUUAUAAUAGCAGAAAUAGGCAAGGAAAAUAAUAAGAAAGAAGACAAGACAGUAGAAACAAAGAAUGCAUUUGAUGUUCUGACCAAGGAGGAUGAGGAACAAGAAGUAGUGGAAGUGGAACAAAGAAUUAGUACUAAAGAAUGGAUAAAAAACAAUUUUCCCAAAAGUACAUCACCAAAGCAGCAAAAACAAAAGGAGAAUAAGGGGGAUUCAGAAUCAGGAGAAGGGGUACAAAAUAAAGGGGGAGAGUCAAUAGUGGAUGGACAUGAAAUAGAAACCAUUAUAGAGAAGAAUGAAGAAAACAAAGAUCCAAGGGAUGUGCUACAAAGUGAAGAAGGGGAGACUAUAGUUGCAACAUAG